AUGGCGAGUGACGACGAAGAUGAACGAAAGCGGACAUCCGAGGUCUUGCGGGAUACGGAAGCGGCGCAGCGAUUGACCCUGAAAACUCCGCGGGGAGCGAGGGCCGGGCGCUGGGGGCGAAGGCUGGGGGCGGGGGCCGGCUCGGCCGAGCCAGACACGCCGCCGCCGGAGCCCGCCGUCCUGCCUCUCACGCAGGCCUCCUCGCUCCGCGCCCCGUACGUCCCUCCGGCGGGAUCGGCGGCGGCGCCUGGUGCUGCGGGGGCCUCGUUGGACGUCACGUCCGCCGCUGGCCCCUCUGGCUCGCGCUCUCGCAUGGCGAGUGACGACGAAGAUGAACGAAAGCGGACAUCCGAGGUCUUGCGGGAGACGGAAGCGGCGCAGCGAUUGACCCCAAAUCCUCUGCGGCGAGCGAGGGCCAAGCGCUGGGGGCGAAGGCUGGGGGCGGGGGCCGGCUCGGCCGAGCCAGACACGCCGCCGCCGGAGCCCGCCGUCCUGCCUCUCACGCAGACCUCCUCGCUCCGCGCCCCGUACGUCCCUCCGGCGGGAUCGGCGGCGGCGCCUGGUGCUGCGGGGGCCUCGUUGGACGUCACGUCCGCCGCUGGCCCCUCUGGCCUCCCGGGGAUGGUCGAGCAUGCUGGCCCCUCUGGCGUCUCCCAAGAGUUGAGCCUAGAAUUACCGGCGGUGAGUCCGGAGCCGUCCUUCGACAGCGGGGGCGCGAACACGGAGGGGCUCAGCGCCAAGCCCACCUGGUGGCGCAGGCGGUGGAUGACCCUCGCCCUCAUCGUCGGCGUGUGUGUCCUCGUCCUGUCGGUCGUGGGCGGCGUGCUGAUUCCGCUGACGGUUCUCUCGCCGUCGCCCCCUUCCGAGCGGCAGCCCGCCCGAAUCGUCAACAGCAAGUCGAAUCUGCAAGCAAAUUUCAUCGCUCAGAUAGACCUGAUAAUGAAGAUUGCUCUUGGCGUCGUUGAUCACUGCAGCGCCACCGUCGUGGAUAACACCGACGCGGACCAGUUCCAGUGCUUCGACAUGGCAUCUUCGGCUGCCGUUGGAGGGGAUUUCGUUCCCGACGGCGAGGUGAAUGUCCUCGACUACGGAAGGCAGAUUCGCCUUCAAAGCAUGGAAGGCCUCGGGGAAGGAACUUUCAUGUUGGAAUCGGACGCGUCUCGGCUGAGGUAUCGGUCGCCCGACCAGUGUGAGUCCCGGAGAAAUCUGGAGUCUACGAUCCAUCACCUCUGGACAGUCCAAUGCGUCGACCUUGCACCUGGCCUCUGCUAUUUUGAUUGCUCUGAGGAGCCCACCUGCCUUCAUUCCAUCGCGCCCCUGCUCAACCGAAGCACCGCGUCCGGCGAAUGGUACUCCGUACCUCUUCCGCUCAAUUGGACUGCCUUCAGUCUCCUCUUCACGCAUAGUGUCAAGCAGUGUGAUUCGAACAAUCCUGUCGAGAGAUGCGUUUCCCUCAUCGAAGACAGCGACUGCGACAACGACAACUUCAUCGUGUCCUCAACCACCAAACUGGCAAUCGCCGCGCCGUCGAACGGCGCGGCUAAGUGCGCGUCCAACUCGGAGGUGCAAUUUUUUGUUCCAAACGGUCAGCAUCAGAAUCUAGACUUGGUGCACGCCAAACCUGGGGGCUUCCUCCCGGGCACGUGGAUCUAUGGACUCGACGCCUCCAAGGUCAGCGCCGCCACCGGCGACGCGUCCGCUUUUACCGGAACGAGCGCCGCGGGCGGAAACCACUUCACGAUGACCCAUUCCGACGACGGAGCAUCCUGGUCGGCGGGGACGCCCCUCGUGACCUACACGGACGCUACUGUGAUGAAUGCGUCCACCUUGCUGGCAUCCAUAAACUACGAGCUCUUGAACGAAUGCGGCCACUACACAAGCCAAUGGUGGGGCGUCGACCUCGGGAGCGAGGUGUAUGUGCGCUACGUGCGGCUGCAGAACCGCAACGACUGCUGCGCGGAGCGGCUGACGGACGUCGACAUCUAUCUCGGCUCGACGGCGGAGACGUACACGGGCAACGCGCUGGUGAAGUCAGACGUGAGCGUGUUGUCGAACGUGAUGUUGGAGGUGGAGAUCAACGCGUUGGGGCGCUACAUCUACCUCAACCGGCCGUCUGCGGCGGGGCUGACGGUGUGCAAGUUCUACGACUCGAGCUCCUUCGACAAGCAGGCGCCCGUGAGCGACCUGUCAUACGCCGACAGCACGACGGGACGGCCGUGGGCCGAGUGCGGCCACUACACAAGCCAAUGGUGGGGCGUCGACCUCGGGAGCGAGGUGUAUGUGCGCUACGUGCGGCUGCAGAACCGCAACGACUGCUGCGCGGAGCGGCUGACGGACGUCGACAUCUAUCUCGGCUCGACGGCGGAGACGUACACGGGCAACGCGCUGGUGAAGUCAGACGUGAGCGUGUUGUCGAACGUGAUGUUGGAGGUGGAGAUCAACGCGUUGGGGCGCUACAUCUACCUCAACCGGCCGUCUGCGGCGGGGCUGACGGUGUGCAAGUUCUACGCGGCGGAGGCGGCGAUGACAGAGGAGGCCCAGGCGGCGGCAGGGACAUUUGAGGAGAUCAACGACGGCACGUCAGUGCCGGGCACGUGCCUUGCCUCCGGCAGCAGCACUGUCGGCCUCCUCAAGAGCGAGGAGCCCGACCCCGGCUACCUGCUCAUCACGCCGCACACCUCCACCGACGUCUACCUGGUCGACGCCUCCAGCGGCGACAUCACGCACACCUGGAGGACGCCGUACGGCACCGGCCACGCCGUCUACCUCACGGCCGACAACGACAUCGUCCGCCUCGAGAACGACCUCGAGCUGGAGGCGAACAUCAGCCUCCGUGGCGGCGCGUCCACGAUCUCCGUGUACGUCAUCAACCACACCUCGCCGAGCGAGACGCCGUUGAUGGGCGACGGCGCGCCGGCCUCGCUCCUCUACCGCUUCGGCGCGGGCCGCUUCGGCGAGCAGUACGACGUGCGCGUGCUCUCCUGCGAGGACGGCCUCUGCUUCACAGUCUUCAACAACGGGCGGUACGAGAAGAGUGGCUGUUCGUUCGACGGGAACGGAGUGCAGGAGACGGACUGCAGCAGCGAGGUGCUGCUCACGACGCUGCCCCUCGCGGUCCUCGACCCCAGCCAGGCGACGCCCUACGCGUCCGAGGUGUUGGUGCAGACGCUCUUCAAUGCGAGCACGCUGCCGGACGGCCUGCUGGGCGACGGCUCCGGCAAGUUCCUGCGGCUCACCAACGGCAGCGACGUGCGGGAGCUGGACCCCUUCUUCAGCCUCGUCCUGGGGAGUGCGCAGCUCGUCGGAGAGCCCUUCACGAAUGGGUCGUACCUCUCGGUGAUGGUCGGCACGACCGGGACUCUGUUCGAGGCGUACUGGGACGCGUCUGGCCUCGCCUACUCGGACGUGCGCCUCGUGUGGCAGGUGCCAGGGGCGAACCCGCUCGGCCCAGGCAAGCCGGGCGAAGGCAAGGCGCCAACCAUCCUCGAGAAUUGCGAGCUCCCCGGCCUCCAGUCCCUGUCGGGCAAUAACACGGGCUGGACGACGAGGGCGUUCACCGCGCAACGGUACAAGGACGACUACUGCGGCCCCAGGUGA